UCGUUGACAAUCGACCGAGAGCAAGCCGAAUAUGACAUCGACAGCGAGGAUGAAAGGUGGAUCUCGGAAAGAGGUCACUUAUCGGGCGAUGAAUUCGAACGGAUGAUGGAACUGCUGGAGGGUGCAAGCAGCGAUAUGCAGAUAUGUCAACCCAAAGAGGCUCGCUCGUUACUGAAGGACUUCGAUGAGGAUCUCAUUGAUGACGUCUACGAUUACUGGUUACAGAAGAGAAAAGAUGCUGCAGCGAAGAGGAAUAUAGCGUCAUUGAUACCUCGAGUGAAGACUGAUAAUCGCCGUGAUACACCCGGCUCGUUGAAUCCCUAUGUGGCGUUUAGACGUCGUGCUGAAAAGAUUCAAACAAGACGUAAUCGAAAGAACGACGAAGAUUCGUACGAGAAGAUGAUGAGAGAGAAAGGCAAGCUUGAGAUGGUGAAGUUAGAUGAAAUGAUAUUGGAUGCUCGUUGGCGAUUGGGUGAUUCUGGUUCACAUUAUUAUAAUCAGUUGUUGUCGAAGUUGAAACCAGAUCCGUUAGCUGUGAUUAGUUCUGAUCAAUCUCAGGAUGAAAUAGCAAAUAACACGACUGUAUCAGUCAAAUCGAAAGUGAAUGGUCAUAAAAAGAAGAAACAUGCGCGGAAUGCUGCGUUCAACUCACCUGAGAAGGAUGCGUUGAACAGAAUGUGGCUGAAGAAGGUGGCUGAGGUUGGUGUGAAUGAAUUCGUUGUUUUUAAAUUGUUAGAGGCAAUGUGGAAUAGGCCACAGAUGUCAACGACAGCACUCUCAGGAGCAUGCUCACAACGCGCCUCAUCGCUCGCAGAUGCGGAACGGAAUGCGGUGCAGGCAGAAGCGGUUGCGGAUGGACGGUACGCAUUCAAAAGGCGGCGAGGUUGUGUCUAUAGGGAUGUGCUGCCAUCGAGUGUUGCCACUGGUGAUAUCAAUAUUGCUGAAGAACUGGAAGCGCGAUUGCGUGGACAUGCACCAUCGCUGUUGCGCUCAUCUGCCAUUAAUCACUCGGCAACAUCAAACACACAGCCGUCUGCGUUGACGUGCAAAGAUGCGUCAUUACGCUUCUACAAGACUUACCUGCCAUCGUUGAGCACAAAAGGUGCACGACGUUGUAUUGGUUAUGCGCGUCGACGAGUCGGGAGGGGAGGGAGGAUUAUAUUCGACCGCUUCCAAUGCUCUCCGCCGUCUACAUCUCAACGAGCACCUGAUGACUUGCCGCAUCCUUAUAUCGAUCUUACAAGGGGUUAUUUUGAUUGCUCAUUUUUGUAUUUAAGGACAUAUGAAGGUCGUUUGGCUGAUGUGGAAAGUGAUUGCUCUGAUUGUUGGUCGGUAGACUCGGAUGAAGAGCGGUUGCAAGCAGAACGAGACGAAGAGUAUUAUUUGAGACGUGACGAAUUGUUUAGGAUGCGGAUUUUUGAGGGAGCGUCCUCAUCUUCACAGCCGUUUACGCAGCAUUCUUUACAAACGGUAAAUUUUAUUUGUCUGUGGUUAUUCUAUGGUAGCGCACCAGAAGCGUAUGAAGAGUAUAUUGCGAGCAUGAACAGCAGCACUAACGAACGGUAUUGGCCAGAUACGGGUGGUUCGAAUGCGACGAACCCGUCGCUGUCUAUACCUCCAGCAGGAGCAUCUGUACCUAUCUCAAUAUCGCACCAACGAUCCGUUCUGGGAGAGAGGGGAGCGAAUAGUAGUAAUAACUUUCGUACGUCACCCCUGAAAGAUAAUAACAUAAAUACGACAGCGGCAGCAGUAACGAGUCGUUAUUAUCAUGCAUGCUCAGCUGUAGUAACAUCCAGUUCACGCGAAAAUGGAGCGAUGAAUGAAGCAUCCAAUAACUUGAUCAGUAAUAACAACAGCACUAGUAUUGCUAAUAGCAGUAAAGACGGUAGCAGAGGAGAUCUGAUGUCGAGUAAUCGAACAUCAAAGCCGAAUGAUGCAUUCGUUCAACAACCAUCGAAUAUGCUCCUGAACGGUGCUGUUGCGAACGGAGGUGGUUCGUUGAUGGCCGUGAACGCAUCCUCGAAUGGUAUUCUCGUAAUGCCAUCGUCGUCAUCGCCUUCGUCACAUCAGGAUAAGCGAAUAACGUCAGCCUCGGCGGCAUCGAAUGCGUCCUCUUCGUUGCGAAUCGGAACAACCAUAUCGGCGAGUCAUACGUCGAUUAUGGCCGCAUCGCAAUCAACCGAUCAUAACACUCCAAAAAACACCGAAGAAUUGCCAAUUUUUUACCGUCAUCUCCCGCCUUCAGAAACCAAUCCAAGCCCACUUCAGGUUGGAGUGGAGGAGGCGGGAGGUUACCAGCAACCAGUAUCACCGCCUCAAGCAACAAUCGUUCUACCCCAACCUCAGCAACAAUCCCCACAAGCACCAAUAUCGGUGCCCCUUUCCCAGAUACCACUUCAGAUCAGUGAUCCCCACCAAUCAGUACGUAGUGCUCUGUGUAACAACUCUAGUACUGCCACAUUAACUGCAAUAUCACCAGUACGAGUACCAUUUCGACAAACAGCCACCAAACGGUUGAAUACUUCAAAUAAUCGUUCCUCCAUCUAUCGCACACUUACAGAUUCGCAUAAGGCAACCUCAACAACAAUAAAUAGUAAUGGCACUGCUGUCACUGAAAAUCAGCGAAUACGGGUAAACGGUGUAAAACGUGCAAGAGGCUCAUCGCCGGCAACCAUCGCACAGUUAGCAACAUCAAUAGUGACUGAAGCGAAUCUGAAACGGUUGAGUGUUGGUAAAUUGAAUGGUAAUAGUGAUAACAGCAACAAUGGUGUGUCGUCAGUUGGGUGUGUCGACACAAAACGAUUGGAACUGGCGAUUGCGGGGAGCGGUGCACGGAUUAAGGUACCACCGUUAAACUCAAGUAUAUCACCACUGAAUGGUAUCAAGGAAGGCAGUGAUGCACCGUUGAAGUCGCCGAAGACGAUUACCUACAGUAGCGCAGCAACAACAAACAAUCGACAUUACCACGAUGCAACGAUCACUAGUGCUGCCACACUCUCACCCACUUCUUUACCAGCGAGCAAUUGUUAUCUGCAAUCAUCAGACAAUCUUGUUGCUAUAACGUCAUCACCAGACAGUGAGAGCAUGUCACCCCCGUUGUCCACCUCUCCUGCGGUAGUACCGGAGAUUAGGAGGCAUUUCGCACGUUUAAGCGACACCACUAAGCUGCAGACACCAGUGGCGGUUAUUAGUGGCAGCAUGAAUGGCGGUAUCAGUUCGAAUCUGCUUAACGAUAAAACACAUAAUGUUGGAGAUAUGACAAAGAAACCGAACGCAGUGAGUCGGAAUUGCAUCAGUAGGACUGAAAAUAUGUGUGCUGGAAAACGCUUGCCGAUAACGGCAGCGCCCUGUGCUGAAGUGGCAGCUGUACCCCGAUGUGGUGUCAGUAAUGCGGUCAUCGAAUCAUCUGCGGACGCCUAUCAUCGUCAACAUCCAACUUACACCACUCGAAAUAGCCAGUCGUCUGUCAGCAGUCAUGCUCAACCAGCAAAAGCCGUCCCGUCACCUCAACCGAUGGGUCCAGCAUCGCCAAACACUGUCACGUCUCCAGCCUGUAUCAUCUCGUCACCAACCUCAUCUCCACCCCAUACUGGCACUGCAUUCUAUAUCUCAUCUAAACUAGCCCACAAUAACAAUACCGCGCCACAUAUUGGUUUGAGUGAAGGAUCAUUGGCUGGUUGA